AUGCGCGAGAAGGAUCACUCACCGCGCAAGAUGCUGCCCAGUCCAAAGCAAGGCGCGGUCUAUCCGCUGCUCGGUCUCGGAUCCACCCUGCCGGCGCCGUUCGAUCUCUCGCUCGUCAACCGUUCGUCCUCCUCGAAUCUGCUGCACCAGCAGCAGCAGCAGCACCAGAGCCUCGCCGAGCAACCGCUCGAUCUGCGGGUGGAGCGCAAAAAGUCUUCCGGUGGCGGUGGCACAUCAACCUCCACCUCCUCGGACGAUGAAACGGAUCCACCGAGGGCCAGCUCCACCGACAGCAAGCCCGGCAGCAAUGUGAUAUUCUUUAACGAUAACAACAACAACACGAACAAUCUGAACAACAACCACAGCAAACCGUCCGAUAGUGAUAAGAGCCCGAGUCCUACCAACCACAACAACAACAACAACAGCUCGAAGUACACCAACAACAACCACAUCAACAUUAAGGAUGAGUUCCGAAUAUCGAGCCUCGCGAACCACAGCCCCGGCGCACUGUUCACCGGACCGCCGGGACUCAACCCGCUCAUGCUGGAAGCGAUCGCAAAGGCGGGUCUACCGCUACCGUACCGCGGGUCGUUCCUGCCGCCCCGUUCAUCCGCCUCGUACGAUCUGCAGCGGUUAAAGGAGCGUGAAGCACUCGCCGUCAGCCUGUCGCAGCUACGUCAAACUGCCUCGAACAGUGCUGGUGCUGGCAACGUCCUGAACAACAACAACGCCAACAUCAUCAACCACAACCUGCCGGCCGGUGCCGGCGGUACAGCGGGCUCACACGGCAAGAACAAGGACCGAUACGCGUGCAAGUUCUGCGGCAAAGUGUUCCCCCGGUCGGCUAACCUAACGCGCCACCUGCGCACUCACACGGGCGAACAACCGUACAAGUGCCGGUACUGCGAGCGAUCCUUCAGCAUCUCGAGCAACCUGCAGCGACACGUGCGCAACAUCCACAACAAGGAGCGCCCGUUCAAGUGUGCGCUGUGCGAGCGAUGCUUCGGCCAGCAGACGAACCUUGACCGGCAUCUGAAGAAGCACGAAGCGGACGCGGCCGGGCUGGGCCUGGGGUUGGACGAGCGACUGCGGGCGGCCCGACGGAACAGCCGAGGCAUACCGGAGGACUCCUACUUCGAGGAGAUCCGUUCCUUCAUGGGGAAGGUGACGCAGUUACCGAUCCCGCUUCGAUUGCAGCAGCACCAGCAGCAGCAACAGCAAUCACCCACCUCUCAGACGAACACCGCGAGAGCAAGCCCGUUCGGAAGGCGGCAGGCCCGGCAGCAGGAUGGACAGAACGAUACACACUCGUCCCGCAGCUCGACACCCUCGGACGAGGAACCCGUCUCGCCGGCGGCUAGCAUCGGUAGCGCCCCGGAACAGGACAUCAAGAUGGAGACGAACAACAACGAGGACGGUGACGAACCGUUGCAGGUCACCUGA